AUGGGCCAUGGCAUGAAGAGAAGGAACAAUGGCACGGACCUCCUCACCUAUUCUAAUGUGAAGAGAGUGAAAACGGUUGAUGGAAGAUCAUCGAGUCAAAUACAGACACCUUCAAAGUCAUUACUUCACUUGUUGGAAAAGCCACACUCAUCGAACCUGGAUAUAGAAAUUAACGAGAGGGUUCAAGGCCUUGAAAGGCUUAUAGAAGUGGGACAGAACCAGAUAGAGACAGUUUCGAACAGUCUUAAUUACGUUUUGGACAAUUUCGGCUCUAUAUCAUCAGAAAAACUAACUAUGAGGCAGAAAAAACUACAGAAUCAGCUUAUUCAUAGUUCAAAGCAGCAGAUAAGAAUGCUUAUAAGACGGACAAGGAGUCAAGAAGACCUUCUGAUCAUUCUAUCACACCUAAUUUUUCGCGAGGAGUUGGACGUGGAUAGCUUGGUUAAUAUAGUGAUGAAAUUGAAUCUAGAAAUGCUACUAAGUGUACAUCAGAGGCUCCAUGCCAACCCUAACAUGGUUCGGGGGUGGCAGAGCGACCCAGAAGUACGUAUUAAGGCGGAAAUUGCCUACGCAUCAAGAUAUAAGCUGCUUGGGUCGAAGGUGUUGAGUAAUUUCAUAAUUAACAGCAGCUUGGAGUCUUCGUGGCUUCCUAAAGUGAAGACAGGAGUGUUUCAGAGUCCUGCUUACCUUAGAAAUAUGGUUCGUCUUUUGAAGAGAGACGAAAAUGAAUCAGAGUUGGUUCAACAAGUGUUAGAUUCCGAGAAUGCCUUUUUAGGACUGUGCUUAUGGGAGAUGUUCCCUUUGAAUAGAGAAAUCAAGGAUUUCUUGGAGAAGAGAAGCGAUUCAUUGAAUGUUUUACAACGAAUGUUGGUAUUGUUUAUGAACAAUACACUAAUCUCUACGAGUAGAGAGAUAAGUUUGAAGUUGGCACGGAUUUCUGAGCAUUUGAAAUUGUGUACAACGAAGAAAGUGAGUCCAAAAAGUUUGAGAAGGACGAUUGGAACGAUAGAGGUGAUACUAAGGGAACUGAGAGAUUCUGUAGAUUUGCAGGAAGAAGGCAAUGCCGAAUUGUUGGAGAACCUAGUUGAUAUAUUGAAUGAGACAAAGGAGAAGGAAGCAGAUGAUGAUAGUGAAUAUACACUUGGAACCGUGAGCCUGGCGAGAGGAGAUGGAGAGUAG